AUGUCUGCUCGAGGGCAGCGCUCAAUCCGGAGAGGUAUUAACCCUAAGUUAACUGAUCUCCGGCAUCAUAAAGCUAACUACUGUGGUUUUUGUCGCCAAGAUCCUGCAUGUGGGACCUGCCGAAGGAAGUGCCGCAAAUGCGAUAAGGCAAGGCCAUUCUGCAAUAGGUGCCAAUCGAAAGGCCUCCGGUGCGAUGGCUAUCCUCCAAAGUUCCAGUUCUGUGAUUUUGUAUCGAGGCCUGAAGAGCCUCGGCGUGACUCUCGUGAUGAGGAAGUAGACUUAUUUCUUUCCGGCUCGGAUGAGCCUCAAAGGGAGCAUCUUGAUGGGCAGAUUCACACUUUCUCCGUCUCGCCAACAACGGGCGAAUCUGAUGUACAGACAGAAAACCGCCCAGUUAAAAUCCCGGUUUCAGUCGAGCAGCAGUGGGAAGGCGAAUCCCAAAACAGCCCACGGUUGCUUCCAACCUCUAGCCCGACACUAAAUAUAUCAGCCACCGGCUCUACGAUUGAUGACAUCAUGAUGGAGGAGGAAACUCAGAUUCUCCUUGCCCAUUUUGAGAGGGUGCUCAGCGAGGCGCUCGCAAUAGUGGUUGACGGUGUCGAAAAUCCCUUUCGAUCCCAUGUUCUACCUCUUGCAUAUCAUCAUGAGGUUGUUCUCCAUGCCUUACUUGGACUAACCGCGUGCCAUAUCUCUUUUCUCGACGAUGGAUCACCGAUGACGACGGCCUCAUUGAAGUAUCGAGCUUCUGCUCUCCACGGGCUCGUCGCACUUCUUGCUAAAGAAGAGGCAAACCAGCUGAGUAGAAUUGAUGAAGAAGUCACAUUUGCCACUGUCCUUCUGUUGGUUUUUCAUGAUAUUUGCGAAUCGGGAAUAUCGUCCCAUGGUGCUCAUCUUGAUGGAAUCUCCUUCCUGUGUGCAAGAUUAGCAAAGUCAGAGGACUUCUCAAGUCGAUCUCCAGCCAUCAUGUUCUUUCUAGCGGCCUUGGCAUGGCUGGACGUGUUACGUGGGUUCAGCGGUGCCGAGAAGUUGGCGUUCUCUGAGGAUGUUCGCAGCCUCGUUCGGCACCACGGAAAUUCGAACCUACAUGUUCUGGUUGGGUGUCCUCCCGACAUCUUUCAUCGGAUAGCCCAAGUGAUCGAUGCCGGUAAAGGAUUUCAAGCGGGAAUUCUAUCAUUGCCCAAUUUCAAGAUCAUCUUACGAGAUGCCGACAAAUUCUUCCGCGAAUGGGAUCAGGAACAAGCUGUAUAUCCUACUGCGCACGCCCAUUGGAAGCCAGUCGCGGAUGCCUUCCGACAUGCGUGCCUUCUACGGGUGCUUCGAUGGCCCGAUACCUUCGCGGUUCCGUGUGAAGAUGUGCGGAUACAACGGUCCGUGGUGGCGAUUCUCGAUGCUUUCGCCAGCGUUUCGGCCGUACCUCCAUUUUACAAGCGGCUGCUAUUCCCGCUGUUCCUCGCCGGCGCUGACACAAGCUCUCCGCAUCAGGUACAUUACGUCAAGUAUUGUAUCGAAGAAGUCGAGCGCUCAACCGGAUUCAAGCAUCAGGCCAUGACGGAUCUGCUACACCGGGUGUGGGAGGAGAGGAAGGUCAAGACGCACAGCCAGCUAAAUGUCCCAUGGAUGGAAUAUACCUGCUCCUCAUCUAUCAGGAAACAGCAUGCAUAUUUAUUUUUCUAA